AUGGUAAAGAAGUGUUGCAUUUGUGGAAAAGAGCAGUCAAGUGUAUAUGAAGAUGUAUCAUUCCAUAAAUUUCCUAAGUCAGAAGAAUUACGCAACAAAUGGAUUAGUGCAGUUGGAAAAACAAUAUCUUUCAAUACUGCACUUAUAUGCAGUGAACAUUUUCAUCAAAAGGAUUUUAUUAAUUUCGAUUCAAAACGUAGACAACUGAUAAAAGAUACUGUGCCAACUCGAAAUUUAUCAAACAGUAUAUUAAUGUAUCUUAGUGACUACUACAUCGCUCCAUCUUUUAUUUACUGA